AUGAAGGACAAGAAGGAGUUGAGGAGCCUUCUCCGUACCUGGCAACCUGCACUUCGACAUCCAGACCAUAAGGAUCUGGGCAUCUCGUCACUCGUCUCACAGGGACUUGCCGCGCGAACACUCGUCACACAAAGAAGACUCGCCAAGAUCGACCCGGACGAAAGGAAGACAAGAUGGAAGAAGGUGCCUUUAGGCCAAGUGUCCAUCCAGUUCCGAGCACUCGACUUCGAGCCCACUAAGAGGCCUGCCCGGGUCACGGUGGUGCGCAUUUCCACCCGAUUCUUCAUUCCCGGCACUUGGAAGCCGGGAAAAGGAAGCUGA